CUUACUUUCAUUCGUUCAUCAUCUUUUACAUAUCCUCUCUUUUUCCCUCUCCCUCUUCUCUAAAUUUUCUCCUAUAAAUAAUAAACCACAAUCUACUAACACAUUAACCUAUCCCAUCUCUCAUACUCUUUCACACUUUUUAUUUCCUUAGAGAGGAACAUCAAAUGGUGGUGGCUUCCCCAAAUUCGAUGUUAGGGGAAAAGAUUCUACCUAUUGACCUACCAAUGAUAGACCUAUCAUCUGAAAAAUCAAUGGUAAUGAAACUCAUUGUGAAAGCUUGUGAAGAAUAUGGUUUUUUCAAUGUUAUUAACCAUGGUGUCCCUCAUGACAUCAUAUCCAAAAUGGAAAAAGAAGGUUUUGAUUUCUUUGCUAAACCAAUGGAAGAAAAGAAAUUAGUUGCACUUGAUAAUCCUUUUGGUUAUGGAUGCAAGAACAUAGGAUUCAAUGGAGACAUGGGUGAAGUGGAAUACCUUCUUCUCAAUGCCAAUGUUCCUUCAAUUCCUAAUGAUCCAUCCAAUUUCAGCUCCACUGUGAGUGCAUACACAAAAGGUGUGAAGGAGCUGGCAUGUAAGAUAUUGGAGCUAAUAGCAGAGGGAUUGGGGGUCCAUGAUACAUCCAUUUUCAGCAGAUUUAUCAGACAUGUUCACAAUGACUCACUCCUUAGGCUCAAUCACUACCCUCCUAUUCCUCCUAUACUUAGUAAUAGAGUUGGCUUUGGAGAGCAUUCUGACCCUCAGAUUAUUACUAUACUCAGAUCUAAUGAUGUUGCUGGACUUCAAAUUUCUCUUCAAGAUGGUAUGUGGAACCCAGUUACUCCUCACCCAUCUGCUUUUUGUGUUAAUGUGGGUGAUCUUCUUCAGGUUAUGACAAAUGAAAGAUUUGUGAGCGUGAGACAUAGGGCAGUGACGAACUCAAACAAGUGUAGAAUGUCGGUAGCAUAUUUUGGGGGUCCACCACUUAAUGCAUGCAUUGUUGCUCCCUCAGUUAUGGUUACACCAAACAGGCCUUCCCUUCUCUUCAAACCAUUCACUUGGGAUGAAUAUAAGAAACUCACCUACUCUCUAAGGCUUGGAGACAACCGCAUUGACUUUUUCAGACAACUACAAUAACUGUCUAUGAGGAUUCUAAACUUUGUUUGCUUCCAAUACAAGGGUGUAAAGUUUUUUUUUUUUUUUUCUUUUUAAAUGUUAUUUUGGUGGCGUCCUUCCUAGGUGGUAUAUACUUUGCAUUGUGUUGAAAUGGAAGUGUGGAAGUUUACACCUUGCAUAAAGGGGGGAAAUUAAUUGGAUUAUUUAUUCUUGGUGUGUAUAUUC